AUGCUCCCAGGGCAAUCCGGCCUGCGCCCUGCUGCUGGCCUCGGCGCGCACCAGGCCUCAGAGGCCGGAGACUCCCUCCUCGGCUGCGGAGGCCCCGGAGGCGGUCAAGCGCCCCCUGGCACCACGAGGGAGGCGCACCUCCCCUGGAGCAGCGCGGCCGCGACCUGGGCAGAGCAGGCGCAGAGUCCCCCGGGCCUGGCUGGGAGCCUGCCCUACGCGCACCGAGCGCUCGCCAUCCGCCCGGGGCUGGCCUUCACGGCCCUUGGCCGCCCAAUCGACUUCCCUCCAGGGCUCCAGUGCGAAGAAAAACCUCCACCCCCGCCACACAAUGGCACCUAUCUAGCUACCUGCCUGCCCCAUCUCGGCCUCCGUUGCUCCAAUGGCCAACCCUUGGCCACCAUGUUUGACCUCAGAUUUGGAGGCUUCCAGGGGUAUGGGCACAAUGACUCUAAUAUAUCUCGAGCGAAGGAGUCGGCCGAGAAAUCAGUGGCCCAAGGAGCUAGAUUUAAGCUUUGGAGGGAUCGGAAAUUAAGGGACUGCAAGGGGGAUGUGAUUCAUAUUAUUCUCCCCUCUCCCCCUCCCACACACGACCAUACGUCUCUCCGCUCGGCCUGCAGGGACGCGGCCCUUAUCUCUCCGCGGCCUGUGUCCCUGUCGCUUGCUUGUCUCGCUCCGGACCACUGUGUCUGGGGCGCCCUCCGCCUGGUUUCUCCUCGCCCCCGGGAGGAGGCGCUGGUGUUCGGGUCGGCCUCUGGUCCCUCCCAGCCGGCGUCCCGGAGCCCCCAUUCACAAAGCCCGGCUUGGAGGAGGCGACACCACACACACACACACACACACACACACGCACACACACACCCCGAAGAGGGGAGUUUGAUCUUGUCUCAUUGGCGUCUCGGGCCUGAAAGGAAAAUCGUUUGGGUAAACAGCCAAGCUUCCAGGCUUAACGCCCGGCUGCCGCCCCCGCCCCUCCGCCCCCUCCCGCCUCCCCCACUCCCCUUCCACCCCACCCGCCACCCACACUCCGCUCCGCAGCCGGGCCCCGAGCGAGCUCCGCGCGCCCGGGCGGGAGCCGAGGGCUCCCCGGGUUCAAAGGGCCGCAGCCCCGAGGGAAUGCCCUCCUCGCUGUGCCCCGAGGGGCAGAAGCGGACCGCAGGGCGGUGGGACCGGCCCGGGCCACGCCCAGAUGUAGUAAUGCCAACUUUUGAAAUCUCCUGUCAUGAGCGAGUCUACAGUGCACUCAAUUUCUUGCCCUGCCUUGGAGUUCUGCUAUCUUUGUAUCACAUCAUUCCUUCAGGACCAAUGGGCUGAACGGUCUUAAAACCUGGCUGUGGCCAGCCCUUUGGACGACUCCAACAGACCCACGUGUCCUGCGGUUCAACUUUCCAAACCCACCCUGUUUGUGAUUCCUUGGCAGGAUUCUGGGCCCCGCCGUCAGAUUUCAGCUUUACAGUUAAUCAAAAAUAUUUUGAUCCAAA